AGCACCGCAAAGGGGCUUACCACCAGACUAACAUAGUCCGGCAUUGCAGUUGGAUUGGUAGCACUUGUGCGACUGAAAUUGCAGUUUUGAUUUGUGGAUCCCCUCUGUGAUGGUUGCGGUUUGAGAUUAAAGUCUUCUGUCAUUUGGUUGGCAGCCAAUCGCAGUUCCUCGGAUGCGAGGGAGAUGGUAUCAGGGCUUUAGGGAGCUUGUAGAUUACAGCUACUGCAUGGUUGGCCUCUGUGAACUUGUGUUUACUGUCGAGUAAGCACUGAGGGAAGGAGGCGAUGGAGUGCAUUUUUGUUCGUGGUGCUGCGCGCUGUAGUGGCGUAGGGAUUGGGACACAUGUAGCGGCAGAGAGACAUCAACACAGCAGCAGUGCUAAGGAAUGCAUGUUUUCCAACACUAAGAAGGGCGGGCAUUUGAAGCAGUUUGGAAAUGGAGCUUCUAUUGGCGGUUAUUCGCUAGGAUCUUUUAAACCUGUUAUUUCAUGCCGAGCUGUAAAAACAGCGGUGGAUGCACCAGCUAUUGAAGACCAAGAGUCUACUCUGGGACGAUCUCAAUUUCUGGAGGCUGCGCAACGAGGAAACCUGGUGCCGGUGUAUCGGCGCAUUUUCGCUGAUCAUCUCACACCAGUAUUGGCAUACCGGUGCUUAGUGAAAGAGGAUGACAGAGAAGCUCCGUCCUUUCUCUUUGAGUCCGUUGAAAAUGGGAAAAGCAUUAAUAUGGGAAGAUUCAGCAUGGUCGGAGCUCAGCCUUCAAUGGAGAUCAUUGGAAAAGAGGAUCGCAUCAUCAUAUUGAAUCACGAGGAAGGUACCCGUAUAGAGAAGCAAUCUGACAAUCCCCUGAACGAGCCCCAAGAAAUUGCAUCAAAGUGGAACCCAGUGAAGAUUGACAGUCUUCCGGAUGUCUUCUGUGGAGGAUGGGUGGGGUACUUUUCAUAUGACACUGUGAGGUAUGUGGAGAAAAAGAAAUUGCCCUUUUCUUCAGCACCCAAUGAUGAUCGAGGUUUACCUGACAUCCACCUUGGACUUUACAACGAUGUACUGGUUUUUGAUCAUGUGACUAAGUUGGUGUAUGUGUUACAUUGGGUUCAUGUGGACCGGUUUGAUAGCCCUGAGUCCGCUUACGAGGACGGGUGUAAAAGACUUGAGCUUUUGGUGGCUCGCCUACAAACCCCUGGAGGGGUCAAACUUUCAAGUGGAUCGGUGGAAUUGUCCAUUGGACAAUGUGGCCAGAGAACAGCUAAAUCAAAUUAUACCCCCGAGCAAUUUAAGGAUUCUAUUUUGCAAGUGAAGGAGCAUAUAUUGGCAGGUGACAUUUUUCAACUGGUCUUGAGCCAGAGGUUUGAGAGGCGAACAUUUGCAGACCCUUUUGAGGUUUACAGGGCUCUGCGUAUCGUAAAUCCUAGUCCAUACAUGAUCUACCUUCAGGCACGGGGUGCCAUAAUGGUGGCUUCUAGUCCGGAGAUACUUACCCGCAUUGCAGAGAGGACUGUGGUGAACAGGCCACUAGCAGGAACACGCAGGCGAGGGAAGACGCCAGAUGAAGACAUGGCGAUGGAGAAGGAUUUAUUAGCAGAUGAGAAGGAAUGUGCGGAGCACGUCAUGCUUGUGGACCUAGGUCGCAAUGAUGUUGGAAAGGUUUCCAAGGCGGGUACGGUGAAGGUUGAAAAGUUGAUGGAGGUGGAGCGGUAUUCACACGUGAUGCACAUCAGUUCCACGGUUACAGGAGAGCUGUUGGACGAGCUUUCUAGUUGGGAUGCACUACGAGCAGCGUUGCCAGUCGGCACUGUCAGCGGGGCUCCUAAGGUAAGGGCGAUGGAGCUAAUUGACAAGUUAGAGCCAACUAGAAGAGGCCCUUACAGUGGUGGCAUUGGCGGCGUCUCCUUCACUGGGCAGAUGGACAUUGCAUUAGCUCUACGUACAAUGGUGUUCCCGACGCAAAGGAACGACACGAUGUAUUCUUACAAACAGGCCAAUAGCCGCAGAGAAUGGGUUGUCCACCUACAGGCUGGUGCUGGAAUAGUAGCGGAUAGUGACCCCGAGAGCGAGUACCAGGAGACGGUGAACAAGGCUGCUGGGCUUGCUCGUGCAAUUGAUCUUGCAGAAUCUGCUUUCGUUAAGAUUGACACAUGAAUGUCUACCGAAGCUUCGUUGUUAUUACAAAAACUGUAAUGCUUACCAUGAACGUAUUCAUAGUUCUGUAAGGAAUCGAUUUCUUGGGCUAGUUUCUCUACAUUUUUGUCUUACUCAGUGACGAGGUUGAUUCAAGUUACGUAUUAUGGAAAGAUCGGUACUUCAAUCCUUCUAGAAUUAAUUUAGAACGACGUCUAAACAAUGCCAUUCCUUUAUUCGCAAGAUGGAGGUGAUCAGGUGGGUAGUAUUUCUAUAGAAGGCUGAUCGAGGAGAAGCGAUGCUCGCUGCACUGAAUACUUUCUGCAUUGUAAUGAAAAGUACGGAGAUACGGUUUGUGGAGUAGAUGGACGGUGCAACUCGCCUAGGAAUUUACUGUGAUAUAUGUUCUAUGAGGUCUUGAUGUUUAAAUCAGACACAAGGUUAUGGCUUUUCGUGACAGAUUUCUUACAGAACAUUUCUUAUUGUCCGGAGAAGAUUGCUACUGUCUACGUCUAAGAGAUAAUUCAUUUUUCCGGGUGAAGAAAAGUGGAUUACUGGCAAUAGUAUGUGGAGCAUAAAUUAUCGAUAUUUGUGGUUUAAAAUGUAGUGACAAGUAGAAUGAUGCUCAAUUUUACAGUAUGUUUAUAAGUUUAGGGUGAGGGUUUGGAUUUGCCCACAAUUUGUUAGGUGGCUGCGACUUUGUUCUCAUUCAUUGUAUUUAUUUUUACAUAUAUUUAUAUACAUAUUUACACAUA